UCUUUUCCCUAGUAUUCAUUUCAUUCGUUGUGGUGAGAAAUCAAAAUUGUGACAAUGAAAAAGGCUGGAGCAGUACUCUUUAUUGUUAUGAUUCAGAUGGCAACCACCAUGCCACUAAUAAUGGCGUCGACUCUUAAUAAUACUUCUUCUGGCAAAUGCCCACUUGACGCUUUGAAGCUGGGAGCCUGUGUUGAUGUGCUUAGUGGCCUUGUGCACGUGGGAAUUGGAGAUCCUGUAGUAAACCAGUGCUGCCCUGUGAUUCAGGGAGUUUUGGGAUUAGAGGCAGCACUGUGUUUAUGCACAACCAUCAGGGCCAAGCUUCUGAACCUUAAUAUCCUUCUUCCAGUGGCACUCGAGCUUAUUAUAGGCUGUGGAAAGACUGUUCCUAAAGGCUUCAAAUGCCCUUCUCAGUAACCUUCUUAUCACUGCUAAAAGUAUUCCUACCUAUUCUAUAUUUAUUAGCUAUGGAUUUCAGUGUGUGUUAGCUGAAUCAAAAAGUUUGAAGGGUGACGCUUUGCAACAGAAUGUCGACCUCGUGUAUUUGAGGUUUGUCAAGAAUCAUGUAACUGCAAACAUAGUAAACGUUGAAAUGCCUUAGAUGGUACUUGUUAUUAUUGAAUGAAGUGGCGACAUAAUAACUAUUCGCCUAGGCUUGUCUAAUAAAAUUUUUUAAUGUCUUUU